AUGUCUGAUCGUGAUUUCGUGACAGGCUGGAUAGCAGCUCUUGUCCAAUCAUUUGCCCGCGAGCGACUUUUCGUCCCGCAGCGCCGCGGAACGGGUCUGGUGAUCGCCGCGCCUGGUGCAACAUGGAGCUUCAGUGCUGCCCCCGACCGUACGAAACCGUAUUUUCCGUCCACCAACGAGUUUGUCGUCUCGGUUUCGUUGCUGAUGGCAGAUUUGGCUAGUCUGGGCGGAGUUUCAGCAGCGGUUGGUUCAGAAGCAAGGUCGCUCUUUUCACACAACCUGGAAGGAGCUAAGAACCGAUCCGCAAAUGACAAAACCGAUCCGAAAGACUCAGGGCUUGUGCAGUACGCAGAUGACGAGGAGGAUAGAAACGAGGAUGACGACGACGAGGGGGACGAGAUUCGCGUGAGCGGAAGGCGAGGCCAUUUGGAGGUUCGACGCGAGUGUCCGUACCUUGACACGGUCAACCGGCAGCUCCUGGACUUUGAUUUCGAGAAGUUCUGCUCGGUGUCUUUAUCUAACCUCAACGUGUACGGCUGCCUGGUGUGCGGCAAGUACUUUCAGGGCCGCGCGCGCUCGUCGCACGCGGUGACGCACAGUGUGGACGCGGGCCACCACGUGUUCAUCAACCUGCACACCGAGAAGGUCUACUGCUUGCCUGAUGGGUAUCAGGUCUCGGACCCCUCGCUGGAUGACAUCAAAAGCGUGCUCAACCCACGGUUCACGGCCGCCCAGAUAGAGCAGUUUGACCGCAGCAAGCAGUGGGCCCGCGCGCUGGAUGGCACAGAUUACAUCCCCGGCAUGGUCGGCUUGAACAACAUCAAGGACACGGGGUACGUGAAUGUGAUCACCCAGUCGCUCAUGCGAGUCACGCCUCUCCGCAACUUCUUCCUGCUCCCCGCCAACUACACGCCCGCCUCUCACUCGCCCGCCGCCCAGCCCUCCGCCCUCGUGCGCCGCUUUGGAGAGCUGGUGCGGAAAGUGUGGCACCCGAGGAAUUUCAAGGGGCAGGUCAGCCCUCACGAAUUCCUCCAAGCAAUCAUGCUCGCCAGUAAGAAACGAUUCCUCAUUGGUCAGCAGUCCGAUCCUCUCGACCUCCUCUCCUGGCUGCUAAACACUCUCCACGCGGACUUAGCUAAAAGCGCCGCUGCUGCAGCUAAAGCCGCGGGCAAAAAGGCGCAUCGUAUAAGCUCCAUAAUCCAGGAGUGCUUUCAGGGCGAGCUGGAGGUGAUCAAAGAGAAGUUUGACGGGCAGACCGUGACUGAGGUGGUGCGCCCGCAUCCUGCCCGCAUGCGGUAUCGGAUCACGCGGUUACCGCGGUACCUCAUCCUCCAUAUGAAGCGAUUCAAGAAGAACAAUUUCUUCAUUGAGAAGAACCCCACGCUUGUGAACUUCCCGGUGAAGAACCUCGAGCUGAAGGACUAUCUGCCUCUGGAGGGGGUGGAAGGGGGAGGGAAGCUUCGCAGCAAGUACGAUCUGAUCGCCAACAUUGUGCAUGACGGCAAGCCGGGGGAGGGCUCGUACCGCGCAUUCGUGCAGCGGAAAGCGGAGGAAGCAUGGUACGAGAUGCAAGAUCUGCAUGUGACAGAGACAUUGCCUCAAAUGGUGGCUCUUUCUGAAGCUUACAUCCAGAUUUACGAGCAGCAGCAGGAUUGA